CAGUGUCAACAGCGCGGUUCAUGCUGUAAGUCCUGACUAGUUUGCAUCAGAAGCUCGCACGGGUAGCGCGCAUUCCUCGGCCCGUGGCGUCGUGCCCGUUACGUAAACAUGCCCGGUUUCCUCGGCGCGUUCACUGUCAGCCAAUCACCUGCACAGUUCCGACAAUAUGAAUAAUUAGGGGCGUGGCUUGGGGGGACAAGUGACAGUAGCUGUGGUCAAAGCUAUUAUCCUUGUCUAUUUAAACAUGAUCGCCAGACUAGCAUAAAUUGAUAUUAAUUUAGGGAAUACAAUCGACAGUAAUUUUGGACACCUGGAAAUGUGCAGAAGGUUAGCGUGAGCAAAAAAGAAAAAAAAAAAAACAUCGAGCGCGCAGCCAUACAGUCAUGGAAAGGAAAUGGUCGGCGCGCGCACGAGCCUGCUCGCUCCCGAGUUCCCAGUAUAAGCGGCCGUGAGUCCUUAGGCGCUCCGGCUGUCAGACAGGUGCGGAAGAGGCGAGGAGCUCGGUCCCGUUCAGCAGAUCAGCGCAGUGACGUUGUGAGAAGCAGCCGUCAGGAUGUGGACGGCGAGCCGCUUCGUCGUCCGGAGGAUCUCCACGAGCGCCAGAUACUACCAAAAUAAGCUGAGACUCGCCCUGAUUGGCCAGAGCCUCUUUGGGCAGGAGGUGUAUGCCAAUCUGCAGAAGCAAGGUCACAAAGUGGUGGGUGUGUUCACCGUUCCAGAUAAAGAUGGCAAGGCGGACCCACUGGCUGUGGCAGCAGAGAAGGAUGGAACACCAGUGUUUAAGUUUCCACGUUGGAGGGUGAAAGGGAAGCCCAUUCUGGAGGUGGUGGAGACCUACAAGUCGGUGGGGGCUGAGCUCAACGUCUUGCCAUUCUGCAGCCAGUUUAUUCCCAUGAAUGUCAUCGACUACCCCAUUCAUGGCUCCAUCAUCUACCACCCCUCCAUCCUGCCCCUGCACCGGGGGGCAUCUGCCAUCAACUGGACCCUGAUCAAUGGGGACAAAAAGGCUGGGUUCUCCAUCUUCUGGGCUGAUGAUGGGCUAGACACAGGGCCUAUUCUGCUACAGAGGGAGUGUCCUGUGGAACCCAAUGACACUGUGGACACGCUGUACAACCGCUUCCUGUUCCCUGAGGGCAUCAAAGCCAUGGUAGAGGCAGUCCAGCUCAUUGCAGAUGGCAAAGCCCCUCGCAUUCCUCAGCCAGAGGAAGGGGCGAGUUAUGAAGGCAUACAGAAGAAGUCCAAUGCCAAGGUUAAUCUAGCACAGCCUGCGGAGGCUAUCCACAACUGGAUCCGGGGCCAUGACAAAGUCCCUGGUGCCUGGAUUACCAUCAACGGACAGGUUGUGACUUUGUAUGGGUCAUCACUCCUGAGUGGGACUGUGCCAACUGGCCAAGCCCUAGAGAUCGAAGAGGCCUCCCAACCUGGGCUCAUUACCAACAAAGGCUUGGUCCUCUAUGGGUUAGAUGCCAAAGCAAUCUUGGUGAAGAACCUACAGUUUGAGGAUGGUAAGAUGAUCCCAGCGGCAAAGUAUUUCUCUACUGGGGAGAGUUCCAACCUUGAGCUCACAGAGGAGGAGAAAAAAAUGGCUGAAGAUAUCAGAGGCAUCUGGAAAGGCAUUUUGAGCAACAUUCCCAAAAUUGAAGACACUACAGAUUUCUUCAAAUCAGGAGCAGCAUCUAUGGAUGUUGUCAGGUUGGUGGAGGAGAUCAAGCAAAAGUGUGGGGGGGUCCAGCUGCAGAACGAGGAUGUCUACAUGGCCACUGUCUUCCAAGACUUUAUCCAGAUGUUUGUGAGGAAGUUGCGAGGGGAGGAUACACAAGAGGAGCUCAUUGUUGACUAUGCAACAAAAGAUGUCAACAACAUGACAGUAACGAUGCCUUACCAAUGCUUCAUCAACGGGAAGUUUGAAGAUGCUGAGAAUGGGAAGAUGUACGAUACAAUCAACCCAACUGAUGGCUCAGUGAUCUGCAAAGUGUCGUAUGCAUCGGUGGCAGAUGUGGACAAGGCAGUGGCGGCAGCUAAGGAAGCCUUUGAUUCUGGGCCUUGGGGCAAAAUGAACCCACGUGACAGAGGCAGACUGCUAUACAAACUGGCCGAUCUGAUGGAGGAUCACCAGGAGGAGUUGGCCACCAUCGAGGCCAUUGACUCAGGUGCUGUCUACACACUGGCCCUGAAGACCCAUGUUGGCAUGUCCAUCCAGACCUUUCGUUACUUUGCUGGCUGGUGCGACAAGAUCCAGGGAACAACAAUACCCAUUAACCAGGCCAGGCCAAACCACAACCUUACGUUCACCAAGAAAGAGCCAUUGGGUGUAUGUGCCAUUGUGAUCCCCUGGAACUAUCCUCUUAUGAUGCUGGCAUGGAAGAGUGCAGCCUGUUUGGCAGCUGGAAACACACUGGUUCUGAAACCUGCCCAAGUGACCCCACUGACUGCGCUGAAGUUUGCUGAGCUGACUGUCAAGGCUGGCAUUCCAAAGGGAGUUAUCAACAUUGUGCCAGGUUCAGGUGGACUAGUAGGACAGCGCAUGGCUGACCAUCCUGACAUCCGCAAACUUGGAUUUACUGGCUCCACCCCCAUCGGAAAGCAGAUCAUGAAGAGUUGUGCAGUCAGCAAUCUGAAAAAGGUCUCUCUCGAGCUGGGUGGCAAGUCUCCUCUUAUCAUCUUCAAUGACUGUGACAUGGACAAGGCUGUGCGCAUGGGUAUGAGUUCUGUGUUCUUUAACAAGGGAGAAAACUGCAUUGCGGCUGGACGACUGUUUGUGGAGGAGUCUAUACACGAUGAGUACAUUACAAGAGUGGUUGAGGAAAUUAAAAAGAUGAAGAUCGGUGACCCAUUGGAUCGGUCCACAGACCACGGGCCCCAGAACCACAAAGCUCACCUGGAGAAGCUGCUGGAAUACUGUGAGGUGGGCAAGAAAGAAGGGGCCACCCUUGUCUACGGAGGGUACCAAGUGGACAGGCCAGGCUUCUUCAUGGCACCUACGGUGUUUACCAAUGUGGAGGACCACAUGUUCAUUGCCAAGGAAGAGUCCUUUGGGCCAGUUAUGGUGGUUUCCAAGUUUAAGGACGGCGACAUCGAUGGUGUGCUCAAGAGAGCCAACGACACAGAAUUUGGCUUGGCAUCCGGGGUCUUCACACGUGACAUCAAUAAGGCCAUGUACGUGAGCGAGAGGCUGGAAGCCGGCACAGUGUUCAUUAACACCUACAACAAGACAGACGUGGCAUCACCCUUCGGGGGCUUCAAACAGUCAGGCUUUGGCAAGGAUCUGGGUGAGGAAGCCCUUCAUGAAUACCUUCGGACUAAAGCAGUGACAGUGGAAUACUGAGGGAGGCUCCCUGCUGGACCUUGUAAUGCAGGAAGAACGAGUCAUCUAUGUUAAAGUCAUCACUCUCUACCUGACACCUAGUUAUGGAGAAUCUAUCCUGCCAAGCUUGAAACAACAUGAAUCCCUUAGUUAAGAGACUGACAUUUCCUCACCGGUCACUGCUGCAACCACAAACAGGUGCCUACAGAUUCAAACCUUUGGUUUCCUCCCAUUUUCAUAUCAGCGUAGCCUUCCUGUUAAUUCUUGGGCUGUGUGCUUCUCGAACACUUGAGCAGCAUGCUGAGAGCGGUCUUUCCUCCUAAUGGAUCAUGCAGUGCCCUGAAGGACAGGUAUUGGCAACAACAGUAGUGGAGAUAAUCUCCCUGUUGCCACCUUGCAGCCCAUGCACCACUGCCAGGACACUAUUAAGUGUAGGAUGUAACAGCUCAAGCAUUCUGGAUCUAUCGGAAGGAUAGUUUUGCUCUGUUACAGCAAAACUUUCUUUUCUGGGUUUACCAGCCAUUAGUACACAUUUUUGUUGCUGACCAAAGUGGGGGGGGGGGGGUGUUUUCAUGUAGAAGCAGUAGCAAUAUGUGCACUGUGAAAUUCCACCAGCUUCAUUCAUUUUUCAUUUAAAAAAAAAAAGAAAAAAAAAAUCUUUUAUAGCCAACAAACUGUCACUCGCUGUUAAAAUUACUUGUCCCCUCAGUACAAGUCUCAAUGAUAAAGCCUCCAGGCCAACAAAGUGCUGGGGAAGAUCUUACCAGUAAAUAACAUAUCCCAGGUACAAACUGUGGUCUGGUCUCCUGUCCACUGUCACACAGAACCCAGUACUCCUUCAAUUUCAAUACUAACAAAGGUAGAUGUCAUAUAAUACAAAUACAAUUUGGGUAUUACAAUGUCGGUACUUUAUCAAAUGUUUCAUGGUUUUCGAUGCACCGGAAAAGUCCGUUGCUUUAAAGUGAAAAGGUCAUACUGGUAUAUGCAGAAUUGCAAGAUGGGUGGCAGCUAUUUCAUCAACUUCAUUGAUGUGUUGCAUCUCCACACUGCCUCAGUCAUCAGUUCCAUGAAUUUCAAGGGCUAUUGUGUGGAACAAGUCUUAAGCGUUACCACGUUUGCACAUUACUGCAAUAUUUGUCUUGCGGACAGAUACUUCUUUAGCAUGUCUCAGUUUUGAAGGAACUAGGUAUAACUAGAGGGUAAUCACUAAUUAUGCAGUUCAAUCUUUCUGUAAGUUCUGCCACAGCAGGCUAAAAGACACAUAUAAACUCCAGAGACAUUACGAAUGGACCAUAUUCAUUCUGAUUACUUCCACAAGUCACGAGGAAGAGACAACCUGUGUACACCAUUGGUAAAGCUAAUUAUUGAUUUAAUGGUGGACAUGAAUACUUUUUACAAUAAAAUGAUCUUAGAUGAAAACUUGUUUCUGCUGACCAUUCUCUGAACACAAUAUUUUCAUUGAUUACACAUAUCUUAAUAUGCCUUAUUUAUUUUAAAUCUUUGCAUUAACAAAAAAGCAUACAUA